AUGGAAGAGUCAUCCUUGAAGAAACAAGAGUCAAGGCAUGAGAGCAAGCAAAGGAAGGUGAGGUUUAAGCUGGCGUCGUCGUACAGUGGCCGUGUGUUGAAGCAUGUGUAUGAGGACGGCCAGGAGCUGGAGAGUCCAGAGGAAAAGUACCCUCACAGUUUUAUUGACGCUAAGACCCCUCAGCAUCUGGACAUAGAGCAGCUUUGCAGUUUUGGGGAGACACAGGAUCAGGAUUUAAACCCUCCUACAGCUCAUAUAGCCCAGAGGAUCAAUGUUUACAGGGGACUGAGUGGAUACAAGCCGUCAGCAUAUAACAAUCUGCAAGAUGAACAAGCUCCAGUUUUAGACUUUGGAAAGAUCAUCAUCUAUACCAGCAACCUGAAAAUCAUUCGGUCUCCCAAUAGAAAGAGUGAACGUGGUUCAAGCCGCCAUCGUAGUCGAGGGGAGGGAGGAGAGGCCUCACCAGGCAGAGAGUCCAGAUCCAAAGAAAGACGAAGAUCGAAAAGUGGCCAGAAAGAGCGGAGAAGUCCUACUCCCACUGUCCAACUAAAUGAAAGCCCUACUGCAAAAGAAAAGGAGAUGGCUGGCUGUGAGCAGUGUGGGGGUUCAGGUACUGCCCCUUGUUCCUUGUGCCAUGGCAGCAAACUGUCCAUGCUGGCAAACCGCUUUAAUGAAUCCAUUCGAGAGCUGCGCUGCCCAGCAUGUAAUCCCCAUGGCCUGGAGCAGUGCCAGUCAUGUGUUUAGUAAUUUUAUAGACUCAAUACAAACAGUGUGAA